UAUAAAAGGGAUUGGGGGUAACAUGCAGAAAAUAAGACCUCAAUUCAGAAGAUAGGAAGAAGUCUGGUCUCUAAACGCAGCAGAAUGCAGAAUGUGAAAGUAUUGCAGGUGUGUGCCUGGGUGCUGUUGCUCUGGCGAUUCUGGGGGGUGCUCGGGUACCCGCUGGACUGUAAGGAUGAACAGGGCAACGUCAUCAGCUGCAUCUCCAUCUCCCUGGAGAAACUCCUGGACCGGGUCAUCCAGCAUGCAGAACUCAUAUACCACGUCUCCGAGGAGUCCUGCACCCUCUUCGAAGAAAUGUUUGUCCCCGUUUCAAUGCGUACCCAGCAGAACCGGGCCAGUAACACAUGCAUUACCAAAGCCUUCCCCAUCCCUGGAUCCAAAAGUGAAAUACAGAAGAUAUCGGACAAGUGGCUGCUGCACUCUGUGCUGAUGCUGGUCCAGAGCUGGAUUGAACCCCUGGUCUACCUGCAGAAGACUCUUGAUCGCUAUGACGAUGCCGCUGAUACCAUCCUCAACAAAACCAAAUGGGUCACCAACAAGCUGUCCAGCCUUGAGCAAGGCAUCGUGGAGCUUAUUAGAAAGAUGCUGGAUGAAGGCUUGCUGGCCGUUGAGCACCAGCAGACUCUGACGAGGUUCAACGUGCAGCCCGAGGUGGUGGAGUCGAUCCUGAGGGACUACGCGGUGCUCACCUGCUUCAAGAAGGACGCCCACAAGAUGGAGGUCUUCCUCAAGCUGCUCAAGUGCCGUCACACAGACAAGAUGAGCUGCUACAUCUCCUAACAGCAGCCCAGCCCUCCUCUGUGUGAGCCGCCAAACUGGUGUAGCCCCCAACUCACUGCCUUCAAACCAGCCUUGUGGUUAAAUACAUGUCAUUUAAAUGGAUAGCUGUUGUAAUGAUAUGCCUGUAGGUUACAUAAGCACAGUUUCUUAAUCAGUUCUUCUUUGUCUGUUUCUUUGUUUUUCUGAUAAGCGAGUCGUUGAAAUGUUUUUAAAUUUGUCACACAGCAGCCUCAGCCCAGACUGGCUUUUACCAUCUGCCAAUGCCAGCUUCACUUUUUGUAAAAGAAAAGAAACCUGACAUUAUCUAUAACUUAUUUAUAACUCCAAUAUCUCACAAUUUACCAUCGGCAUACAUUUACAUUGAUGUUGUUAUUUUGUUGUCAAAUAUUAAACCUUCAAUUCAAAACUUG